CAACUGGACUCCGGGUACGUGAUCAUGCCCGGGUGGGGCGGGCCGGCAGAUUCCAGCACUGACGGGGACGACGAUGACCCCAACCUGGACUACCUGGACGCCCGACCCGGGGUACUGCCCGCGCCCUCGGGCAUCGUCUUCGAGGGCGAGGCCGUCAUCAUCAACGGCAGGAGCAACUUGCAGCGACAGCCCAAGACCAAGAAGCUGAACCUCUCGUUCGACGACACGCUGACGCAGACGUACGAGUAUCCGAGCGAGCUGUCCCUGAUGGAGGAGAUGGGCUCCCCCGGCGACGACCUCCUCCCGUCCAACACCACGCUCGACUCUCCCUCAUCGCAAGGUGGCUUGGCGAGUUACACCCCCAGUAAAAUCCAGCUUGGUAGCACCUUUGAGCUCGGUGUGUCUCGAACACCACCGCCCGUCCAAGCUCCGCCUCCGGUCCCUUCUGCUCCAUCAGAAAGGGUCGAAGAGGACUACUUACGACCAGCCGAUGAAUCCGAAACCGUCACAUGGAGUGCUGAGAGUACAUCUGACAUGCUCUUCUAAGCGGGAUCACUUAACAAGGAUCAAGCUCAAAUUAAAGUCUUUGCAAACAGUUGAUCAGCUGCCAUCCAGUUUAAUCAAAGUCUUCAAGAAUUUGUGCUUCCCUGUAUCAGAACUGUUUAUAGAGUCUAUGCAGUAAUGACCGCCCAGCAUGCACUAGAAGAUGAUGUAAUUGUGAUAGGUUCUAAAGUAUCAUGUCUACAUUUUGAUGAUUUAGGGCAAUAUGUGAAUGUUCAUACAUUCCAUUUGACUAACAGAUGAAUAUGUGCAUUCUUGUUGUGAUGAAUAAUGAAAAGAAGUUAUUUUUUGUGUUACUUGGGAUAGUGUGAAAUAUAGAAGGAACCAUUUUUGUUUUUGUUUAUGGUUUUAGUGAUUUUGUGAUGUGUUUAAUAAUGAGAUUUUUCUAAUAUAUGUAUCUUUAGAUAUUGGAACAGGAAAGCAGUUUAUAAAUGUUUGCUUAAAUAUAUUGUGUAUUUGUUUUCAAUCAAACUGCUCACUAAAUACAUGAUUUUUAUAUUUAAUCUUAAUUAAGAAGAAUAUCAAAAGGCCUGUUGGUUGUUACCACAGGUUUCAGAUCAUGAUUCUUUCCAUUGCAUAGAAGAAUAAGAGUGGAAGAGAAUGUUAUUUCCAAGAAAAGUGCAAGGCUUCAUGUGAUCAUUGGAUGUGUAUGUUAUGUUAUGAUAUGUUUUUGUUUUUUUUUAUUAAGAAAGUUGAUAAUUUCAUUCUUUUUCUGUUCGUGAAUCAGAGAAGAAGUUGAAAGAAUAUCAACUAUUUCCUCAAAGCUUAACAACGAAACCUCAUUCCAACACAAGCAUCAGUUGUGAUGAUCAUUCUCGUGGUGUCAUCAAAGGUAUUGUUUGUGAACUUCUUUACUUUUAACUGUAGAUAUGACACACACUUUUCAUAUGCAUAUGUAGCAAAGUUUAGUGUAUUUUAUAAUUGUUUUUUUUUUUUUUUUUUUUUUUUUUUUUUUUUUUUUCUUUUCUUUUUCUUUCUUUCUUUCUUUCUUUCAGUGAUUAUAACUCGCUUUGAUUUAACCAAAAAUUAAAAACUGAAUUAGGGUGAUGUGUCAUCUUUGUAGGUUGAUAUUUUCCCACGAGUCAUUCCUACCUGGGGGCCAUUUUUCCCCAUUAUUGUAGAUAUACACCAAUUUUUUUUGUUUUUAUUUUUGUUUUUUCUAUUUUUUUUUUCUUUCAGUCAGACAGAAUGUAGCAAUGAGGGCAUUAAGCGCACACUCACGAUUAUCAAACAGAAGAAGAAAAACUAAGAAUAAUGCUUUGCCCUGAUUCCUCAUUGUAGAAUGAAUGGUAUCCAAAAAUGGUUAAUCGUCCAUCCAUAAAGAAAAUGUAGACUUUUCCUAAGAUCAAUCAGAAUUUUGUCCUCCUCCAUAAUAUUCAUCAGUGGUCAUUUUUUGCAGUUUCAUCAGUUUUAGGGAUCCUGGGCUUUGGAGUUAAUUGAUUGUGUGACAAAUAAGAUCAUUCCUGACUGUAUUUGUUGUGCAUUGCAACUAAUUCAGUUUUUGUCAUGAAAUUAUGCAUACAGUUCAAAGCUGGACAAAGUGGAGAGAUCUUUUAGUCAUUAGAGAGUGAUUGACAUCAAAAGUUUUCCUUUCCUGUCAUUGUUUAUUUAUAGAGGUAUAACUUUGUACAGAUUCAUGAAUACCUUUUGCAACAUUCAAAAUCAGAUGUCACAUAUAUGAAAGGGAAUGUAUGUCUUUAUAAAUAAAAGUAGAAAAUAAAACAUAACAUUGACAACUGGCCUGAGUCUGGAAAUGCUUUUUGUAAUGAUAAAUUUAUAAAUACAGCUGUCACGCUGGUGGCAUUGCUAAUUUAGCAAUGAUUUUGAAAGAGUGCUAUCUUCUCCCUCUUUAACUUUAUAUUUUGCAGUUACAGUUUUUAUUUUUUUUCCCAAGAUGUGGAUUGGGAAUUGAAAAAUGUACAAUAAUUUGAAUUCAGGAAGUAUGCAGAACAUGUGUCUAAUGUGUAUGUAUAUGUGUGUGCUAUUGUGUAACACAUGCAUUUGCAUAGAUAUAAAACUCUUGGUGAUGCAUUAGAAUAAAUGUGUGCAGAGAGAAAUAUAUUUGUAAUAAAGUAAUGAGACAUUAUUAGACAAGUGCAAAAAUGCAAUGCUAAAGGUAGUGAGUUACUGCCUAAGCUUUGGUGUGAAAAUAAAAAUGAAUCUGAUGAUUGUUAAUGGAUUACUUUGCUGAGUAUGAACUACAGGGCUUUUUGGAAUUUCUUAAGUAAUAUCUAGCACUAUUAUGGAAAGAAACACCUAUCUUGUUGUGAAGUUCGUACAAAUUGUACACUUAAUGCUUGUCUUGUAUUGUUCUCUGAAAUCUGUCAUAUUGCAAAGGCAUCAGCCAUUCAUGAUACUGCAUCACCAUUUGCAAGCAUUAAGCCAUAUAUUACUAGCUACUGUAGUCUGUCAGUUCUCUCCUACUUAAUUUCUAAUGCUUUAUGUUGAAACAGGCUUGCCUGUGGUCCAGCAGUGUUUUAGACUGUCACAAAGCUCUUAGGCAGGCAAUUUUGGUAAUUCCAUUUGUUUUUGUGGUUCAUUGGCAUCGACAAAAGAUCCCAUAAAACAUACAUUAUUCAAGCUGUGUGGAGAUGCCAAGGAUGACCAGUCUUUGCUCUGUAAAUUCUUUGAAUUCCCUAUAAACUGGUGUAUAUUAGGAAAGGAAGUUAGAGUUGACCAGCAUUUAAUAAGAUAGUUCAUACAGGCAUAAUAAUUAUAAACUGCUUAAUUUUGGAGAUAAAAUCUGAUAUUCACACUGUUCCUAAUCAUUUAAAGUGACAGGUGUACAUUGCCUACAUUACUUGAAAUUAGUCAAGCAAAAACUAUCAAAGACAAGAUUGGAAUGCCAUUAUAAUUCUGCUGACCCAAUGAAAAAUGUAAAAAUAGUUGUAUAGUAAUGAAUGUAUGUAUCAUUCUGCAAUGUAAGUAUACAACUUUGUACAGAUUUUGGUACAAUUUUGUACUUCAUAUGUGUAUGCUUAUGAUUCUUAUUAAUUGGAUUUAUGUUAAUAAGUCAUUCAUAUGUCUCCUGUAUGGUAUAUUGGAAACAUAGGUCUGUACAUGAGUACAUUUCCUGUGUUGCGUUAACGUAGAGCAGGAUCAGGCCAUGUCAUGUCAGAUGAAAUGUUAUGUAGACUUGCUGUCAUGUGUGGAGAUCUUCUGUACAUGCUCACUUGAAAACUUUCCAUGUAUUAUGGUGCAUUGUAUAUUCUAGGAGGGUGACCUCUUGUAUCUCCAUCCAUCCCUUACACACACACACACACACACACACACACACACACACACACACACACACACACACACACACACACACACACACACACACACACACACACACACACACACACACACACACACACACACACACACACACACACACACACACACACACACACACACACACACACACACACACACACACACACAUGUAUAUAAACACAUUUAUAUGUAUGUGUAUAUAUAUGUAUAAAUGUACAUACACACACAUAUAUAUAUGUAUAUGUGUGUUUGUGUGUGUUUAUAUAUAUAUACAUAUAUACAUGUACAUGUAUGUAUGUAACAUUUCUCUCCUCACUCACAUAGAUGGAAGUUUGGUGACAAGGGUAAUUGGAUCCAGAUUACAAGAAUAAUCUUAGAAAAAGAUUAUUGGAUUUCCUGUGAAGUGUGAGUGUGGGUUGAUGUUAUUAUGGACCAGAAACGAGUUGAUAGGCUGGAUAACUAUAUUCAAAUUGAGAACGAAUGGUUGCAAUUAAAGAGCAGAUUUUGUUAUAUUUCUAAGAAUUGUCCUUUCUUGCUUUUUUUCUGCUUUCUUUUGUUGUACAGUCGGGAGGGGAACUCAGAAUGAAGGACAGUGUUUGAGAGUGAAUUUGUAAUAUUGAGUCGGGAGUUAACAAAGUCAUCAUUUUAUUGUCUAAUAUGUAUGAUUGUGCGCCAUAAGUUUUUAAUAUAUUACAUUACUCCUUUGUAUGAUAAAACAAUGAUUUGUAUGUUUAUAGUCCUGUGAUCGUAUCAAUAAAUAGAAUGUGAAAGUCA